AUGUCUUCAACCACCUCUGACGAAUCUAAUGAAAAUGAACCAUUCAAUAAGCAGCAAAUAUUUCCCGCAAUUCUUAUAAUAGGAGAAGUGGUAUGUGUUGGAAAAAGUAUUGCGGAUAAUAUGAUGCUUGACAGACAUGAUGGUAGUCCACUUACG